CCAAACUUUACUGUUACCGAUGUCCAGGUCAACAAAACUGAAUUGGAUCAAAAAGAGUACUGUGAUCAAGUUACAGCAAUGUUUCCUGAGGAGUACCGUCAGUAUUUCAUUUCUGCUACUGUGAUGGGUAAACUAACAUGUAUCAACCAAUGUCAUCCUGAUCAUCUUACUCCAAAGAUCUGCAUGAACAAAGGUACCUGUGAGGUUUCCAAGCAAGGACCAAGCUGCUUCUGUCUUCAGACAGAUGCAAAUUGGUAUCUUGGAGAAGAUUGCAAGUACCAAGUUCACAAAGUGGGCUUCUAUGCUGGAGUGGCAGUUGUCACAGUGGUUUUAUUUAUAGCUAUAGCAAUGCUUUCAAGAGAAGAGAAAGAGAGGAAAGAGAAGAGGAAUAAAGACAACAAGGAAGCUCUUGUGAAUCAGUGGAUAGAUGAUGAUUUUGAGUGGCCCUCACAAAAAAGAACAAACACAUCUCUUUCAGUUCUUAAUGAAACCUACGAUAAUCCUGCACAAUCAAAUGAGAACUUCAGCCAGAGUACCACAGCUCAGAGAACAACCUCUUCCACAGAACGAUACUUCCCCCAAUUCAACUUGCCUGAAAAUGAAAUCUCACUUCCUUCUCUCCACAACAAUUACCCUGUAAGUUGAGAAA